CAUGGGGGUGGGGACGGGAGCCCAGCAGGGGGGUAAUAACCAGACGGUGCCAGUGAAUCAAGCAGCCAGUCCACCACCUGUUGUAGCUUCGUCUGCUGUGGCGUCGAGUGACACGAGUAGCAUCAACAGCCGGAACUCAUUCGUGAACUACGACUGCUCUACUCUCGUGAUUGACACCGGCACCAAGUUCUUCCUCAUCUCGAAGGAGUUGGCCAAGAGCAACAAACACGGCAUCAAAGGCAACAAACUGCACAUCUACAAUGACCACACAUUCGUGGCCACUCACUUCAGCCGCAGUGAGACGUGUGAGGUGUGUCUGAAGCCCAUCUCGAAGAGACUGGGACUGGGCAAGCAGGGCUACAGGUGUAGGGACUGUGAAUACACAUGCCACAAGGGCUGCCACUACAAAACAGAACUGAUUUGUGCGAACAGUCACGUGUCCUCAAUGGAAAUGGAGUUUGUAGGAGAAGCACAGUUGGUGUUCACGACAGCAAACCAAGAUCAACAACAACAACAACAACAACAACAACAACAACAACAACAACAGCAGCAGCAGCAGCAACAACAAGGCUCUGCUUCAAACUCCCCCACCUCUGAAAACAACAAUAAUGACAACAUCAAUAGUAACAACAACAAUAAUAAUAAUAACAACAACGGGAGCUCAUUUGGACUCGGAACCAGCAAAAAAGGAAGCAGCUCGUCGUCCCCAAUGUCAAACUAACUAAAAAAAACUAGCUUGAAACAUUCGAAAACCUUUUAAUACCAUGGUUAUGUCAUUUGCCGUUUUGUAUCUUUCCCAUAUUCACCCAUCCCCCCUCCCCCGCAGUAGGCUUAAAAUCCUGCAAAAUGCAAAAAGCAGUGUUUUGGGGCUGCAUUUUUUUUGUGUGACCAAGCCUGGGUUUGU